UAAAGGUCAUCAUCCAUCAGUGGCAAGUCAAUAGUCAAGAUGGCUUCCAAAGUCACAGAACGAGCCCUGAGCCUAAUCAAAUCUUUGCCAAGAGUUGCCUUAACAAAUAUCAAGGAUUUGCCGUCAGCAAAACGGAAAAAAACUGGGAAACCGGCUGGGCAGAAGAAGAAAGGUCGUGGAGACAAAGGUCAGGGAGCUCGCAACACGUGGGACCCACUGGGCUACGAAGGAGGACAGAGCCCACUCAUCAACAAUGUGCCCUUGGAGAGAUACUAUGGGAAAUAUGCACUUCGCAGACAGUACCCUCCCAUCAGCCUAUUGGAGCUGCAGCGUUUGAUCGACUUGAACAGAGUGGAUAUUUCCCGACCGGUGGACGUGACAGCCAUCUGCAACUCUCGGCUGUACAGCCUGGACGUGGCCAAAAACCACUUUGGCUUCCAUCUCACAGAGGAGGGCUGUGAUUCCUUUGAUGCCAAGAUAAACUUGGAAGUCCAGUGGACGUCAGAGCUGGUCAUUGCGGCCGUUGAGAAAAGUGGAGGCACGAUCACCACUCGCUACUACGACCCACAGAGUCUGGGUGCCGUCUUUGAUCCCCAGACUUUCUUCCAGAAAGGGUUGCCCAUCCCCAAGUGCAAGCUGCCACCUCAGGACGCCCUUGCCUACUAUUCUGAUCCCAACGCCCGCGGCUAUCUGGCAGAUCCAGAGAAGAUUCUUGAAGCCCGAGAACGCCUGGCACAGAAAUACGGCUACAAACUCCCGGAUCUGAGUUCGGAUCCCGUCAAAGACUUGUUGCUUAUGAGGAAAGACCCUUUGCAACUAUUCUACGGGCUUGAGCCAGGCUGGAUUGUGAAUUUAAGAGACAAGUGUGUUCUGAAACCCCAAGAUGAAGAUUACAGGAGGUAUUAUAACACUGUGUAUUAGAAAGUUGUUGAUAAUAAAAGCUCUUUAGGUGA